GUUGCCCGCCAGUAUCCCAUUAUCCUGCAGUUUCUCUUUGACCUCGCCGAUCCUCUGGCGGUGGUGUCGGAGCGCAGGACUCCCCCAUUGCUAGUAGCUCGGUGUGCGUACGAUGGCGGCCUCGAAGCCUGUGGAGCCGCAGACCGGCGGUGGGCUUCCCCGUUGGCAGUUGGCGCUCUUAGUGGGCACACCCAUCGUGCUGGGGGUCGGAGCCGUGUAUCUGUGGAACCGCAGCCGGGCGAAGGAGAAGAAGCGCAACGAGGAGAGAAAAACUCCGGAGGGCGGCUCAAGCCCCGUGCGCGGCCAGAACCAGGACGGCGCGGCGAGUCGGGGUGGCGGAGGAGGCCAGGAGGAACUGAGUCCUCUGGAUCGGGCCCAGGCAGCAAAGAACAGGGGCAACAAGUACUUCAAGGCUGGCAAAUACGAGCAAGCCAUCCAAUGCUAUACUGAGGCUAUUAGCCUGUGCCCCAAAGAGCAGAAGGGAGACCUGUCCACCUUUUUCCAGAACAGAGCUGCAGCUUACGAGCAGCAGAUGAAGUGGUCAGAGGUGGUACAUGACUGCUCUCGUGCAGUGGAGCUGAACCCACGGUAUGUCAAAGCCCUGUUUCGGCGGGCCAAGGCCCAGGAGAGGCUGGACAACAAAAAAGAAUGCUUAGAAGAUGUGACUGCUGUGUGCAUUUUGGAGUCAUUCCAGAACCAGCAGAGUAUGCUUUUGGCUGACAAGGUCCUGAAGCUCUUGGGAAAAGAGAAGGCAAAAGAAAAAUACAAGAAUCGUGAACCACUGAUGCCUUCUCCACAGUUCAUAAAAUCCUACUUCAGCUCCUUCACGGAAGAUAUUAUUUCCCAACCUCUACAGAAGGGUGAGAAGAAGGACGAGGACAAAGACAAAGAGGGGGAAACGGCUGAAGUCACAGAAAGUUCUGGCUACCUGAAGGCCAAGCAGUACAUGGAGGAAGAGAACUAUGACAAGAUCAUAAGCGAGUGCACAAAGGAGGUGGAGUUGCGAGGGAAGUACCUGGCCGAGGCACUCCUGUUGCGCGCAACCUUCUACCUGCUGAUCGGCAAUGCUGCCGCUGCCCAACCUGACCUGGACCAGGUCAUCAAUAUGGAAAAUGCCAAUGUUAAGCUGCGGGCCAAUGCCCUCAUCAAGCGGGGUAGCAUGUAUAUGCAGCAACAGCAGCCCAACCUGUCCACGCAGGAUUUCAACCUGGCUGCCGAGAUAGACCCCAACAAUGCUGAUGUCUACCAUCAUCGGGGACAACUGAAGAUCCUUUUGGACCAGGUGGAAGAGGCUGUAAGUGACUUUGACAAGUGCAUCAGCCUGAGACCUGACUCUGCCCUGGCCCAAGCCCAGAAAUGCUUCGCCCUGUACAGACAGGCCUACACAGGGAGCAAUUCCAGCCAGGUGCAGACAGCCAUGGAUGGUUUUGAGGAUGUAAUCCGGCGGUUCCCAAAAUGUGCCGAAGGCUAUGCCUUGUAUGCACAGGCUUUAACAGACCAGCAGCAGUUUGGGAAAGCUGAUGAGAUGUAUGACAAAUGCAUUGAACUGGAGCCAGACAAUGCCACCACAUAUGUUCACAAAGGACUCCUGCAGCUUCAGUGGAAACAGGACUUGGAUCUGGGCCUAGAGCUCAUCAGCAAGGCCAUUGAGAUUGACAACAAGUGUGACUUUGCUUAUGAAACCAUGGGAACCAUUGAGGUGCAGAGGGGCAACCUGGACAAGGCUAUUGACAUGUUCAACAAGGCCAUCAACCUGGCAAAGUCUGAAAUGGAGAUGGCCCACCUCUAUUCACUGUGUGAUGCAGCCUAUGCCCAAACUGAGGUGGCCAAGAAGUAUGGCCUGAAGCCCCCAACACUGUAACUAUUCCUUUCUGCCCCUCUUUCUACCCCUGUCCCCCUGCCUGAGUCAGGCCCCGCUGCCAAGGUGGCCUCUUUGGUUAAUUGCUAAUGUUUUAUUUUGUAAAAGAUGUUGAAUGAUUAAAUAAAACAAGGAGGAGUUCCAUGGUCACGUAAUUACGUUGACAUUGGGUUUUGAGAAUUAGAUGUGCAGAGAAUUGUCUAAGCCCAUAGUUCACAUUCAUGAUCUGUAGAAGACAGCCGACGUGACGUGACGUUCUUCAUCCAUUGCCAAGUGUGUUACUUCUGAUUCUGGCGCGCGCACACACACACACACACACAGCUCCCUAGAACUGAUUUAUGUCUGAACCUCAUCAGUCUUCCAACUUUGUCACCUGACUGUGUAGCACUCUAGCUGGUUAUUUCAUCUGAUUUGUUGAAAGCUCCUAUCCAAUCAGGGGUCUUUCUAAAUGGGCAGCUACUGGAACCAUCUAUGAGGAUUUAAAGAGCUAGGUCUACUACCUUAUACUGCCUUUUCUCAAGAUAUGACUGAGUCAAUGCUUGUUCAGUGCUCGUCCUUAUAACGCUAUGGAAGUGAGAACAAGUAUUUUCAUAGGGUAUCUUUAAUUGAUAGUAAUAUAAAAUCAACAUUAGUCACACAAGUGAUUCGUCAUUUAAACAAGCAAGUAAAUGGAAAUACUGCAUAAAGAAUCUUUAAAUGUUGGAACUGAACAGGGUGAAGGUGAAAUGUUGCAUCCGUAUGAUAGCCUGUUGGUGUCUUUAAGGUACAUCAGGCUGUGUGUUAAAGCAGUGCUUAGAUAGUCAUAGAUCUGAGCUAAUGUUGUCUAGUAUCUGACCGGAGAACCUUUCUAGUGGUCUAUGUUCUGUUUUACUAUACUAAAUGUUAAAGUGCUUGCAGCUGUGCUGUCCAACAACCCACAUAUUUCUACAGCAAUGGGUUGUUUCAGUAUGGGUGAUGAUUUCCCCCCCCCCCGCUAAAGAGGUAUAAUUGUUUCAGUGCUUUGCUGUAUUGAUUCCUGAAAUUGGGGAACAGAAAUGUAGGUUACAGUGGGAAAUUUUUGGUCAGCUUUAUGGAUAUGGAUCUUAAAUGUUUUUAUUUAUGUUUUUCCUUUUAUAUUCUGUACAGCAUAUGUUGGAUUUCUCUAUGAAUAAAUGUUAAUGAUUCUACUUCUGUAAAGUUACUGCUGUCCAGCAAUUCUGUUAGGACAGAAAUGAAACUUACUAUGAAACUAUUUAUAUCUUUUGCUUUUAAUAUUGUCUUCAUGUGAGAGGGGAAAAG